CUGCAAUUGAGUGCUCCACGGCUCCCAUCAUGGGAAAGAUGAGAGUUAAAGUCUUAUUACAGAGAUGAAAAAUACACCUCGGGUGUCCGAUACCCAAAGCAGUGGUGAGGUGGGAAGGUCCGAGGACACGCCGCCAGUACCCUUGGGAGGACAGAGCAGAAGUGAAGAAGGACCUGGUCACAGGGAGACCUUCGGACCACGCCGAACCACGCGUUUCCGGGCCGCCUCUGUCCCCCAGUGAUGGCCUCCUGAGCCUGCCAUGGCACAGCGGGAGCGGCAGAGCGCAGCAAGUGCCAUGCUGGACCACAGGCUGCGGGCCCCUGAGGGCGACGACGCCGACCCGCCCCUGGAGGGCUACGUGCCCGCAGGCCUGCAGCUGGCCACCCUGCGGCCCGAGAGUCCCACGCCUGAGGGCCAGGAAAGCCGGCAGCCCAGCCCCGACGGGGACUCGAGCUCCGACUAUGCCAACCACAGCUCUGAGGAGGAGGGCUACGAGGAGGGCCUCCCGGAGGAGGGGGGCGUCACCUACUACAUCCGCUACUGCCCCGAGGACGACAGCUACCUGGAAGGCGCUGACCCCCACGACACCGACGAGUGCCAGGAGGCCGUGGAGGACUGGACGGACCCGGCCGGGCCGCACGCCCUCGGGGGAGGCCAGGACUUUGCUGACGGCCACCUGCCUGCCCCCGAGGACGAGCCCUCCGUCCUGGAGGCCCACGGCCGGGAUGUGGGCGGCCACUGCAGCCCCAGCCAGGAGGCCUACCAGGACUACUACCCCUUGGAGGCCGGCGGCAACGUGGGCAGCGCCUCCCCUUACCGAUCUGGGCACGGGGGCGGGGAUGGGGACCUGGAGGGGCGGGAGGAGGACAUCGACCAGAUCGUGGCCGAGAUCAAGAUGAGCCUGAGCAUGACCAGCAUCACCAGCGCCAGCGCGGCCAGCCCCGAGCACACGCCUGAGCUGCGGCCCACGGCCUGCACUGAGGCCUGCCCGCCCGGCGAGGCCAGCCGGGGACCCAGCAGGCGUGAGGCUCGGCCCACAUCGCUGAGCCUCCCUCCGGAGACCAAGCACCCUGCCGACCCCCAGCGAGGUUUCAAGCCCAAGCCCCGGACCCCGGAGGAGAGGCCCGCCUGGGCCCAGGAGCAGGUUUGCAACGGCCCGGAGCCGCCCAGGAAGCAGCAGCGCUCCGACCUCAACGGGCCUGUGGACAACAACAACAUCCCCGAGACGAAGAAGGUGGCGUCGUUCCCGAGCUUCGUGGCUGUCCCAGGGCCCUGCGAGCCGGAAGACCUGGUUGACGGGAUCAUCUUCGCGGCCAACUACCUGGGCUCCACGCAGCUGCUGUCCGAGCGCAACCCCUCCAAGAACAUCCGGAUGAUGCAGGCGCAGGAGGCCGUCAGCCGGGUCAAGAGGAUGCAGAAGGCUGCUAAGAUCAAGAAGAAAGCGAACUCCGAGGGGGAUGCGCAGACGCUGACAGAAGUGGACCUCUUCAUCUCCACCCAGAGGAUCAAGGUGUUAAAUGCAGACACGCAGGAGGCCAUGAUGGACCACGCCCUGCGUACCAUCUCCUACAUCGCCGACAUCGGCACCAUCGUGGUGCUCAUGGCCCGGCGCCGCACACCACGCUCCGCCUCGCAGGACUGCAUCGAGACCACGCCUGGGGCCCAGGAGGGCCGGAAGCAGUACAAGAUGGUCUGCCACGUGUUCGAGUCCGAGGACGCGCAGCUGAUCGCGCAGUCCAUCGGCCAGGCCUUCAGUGUGGCCUACCAGGAGUUCCUGCGGGCCCACGGCAUCGACCCCGAGGACCUGAGCCAGCGGGAGUACAGCGACGUCAUCAACACCCAGGAGAUGUACAACGACGACCUCGUGCACUUCUCCAACUCCGACAACUGCAAGGAGCUGCAGCUGGAGAAGCUGAAGGGCGAGACCCUGGGCGUGGUGGUGGUGGAGUCGGGCUGGGGGUCCAUCCUGCCCACCGUGAUCUUGGCCAGCAUGAUGAACGGCGGCCCGGCCGCACGCUCAGGGAAGCUGAGCAUCGGGGACCAGCUCAUGUCCGUCAACGGCACCAGCCUGGUGGGGCUGCCCCUGGCCACCUGCCAGGGCAUCAUCAAGGGCCUGAAGAACCAGACGCAGGUGAGGCUGAACAUCGUCAGCUGCCCCCCUGUCACCACUGUGCUCAUCAAGAGGCCAGACCUCAAGUACCAGCUGGGCUUCAGCGUGCAGAACGGGAUUAUUUGCAGCCUCAUGAGAGGGGGCAUCGCCGAGCGGGGUGGUGUCCGCGUCGGCCACCGCAUCAUCGAGAUCAACGGGCAGAGUGUGGUGGCCACAGCCCACGAGAAGAUCGUCCAGGCCCUGUCCAACUCGGUCGGAGAGAUCCACAUGAAGACCAUGCCGGCCGCCAUGUUCCGGCUCCUGACCGGGCAGGAGACCCCGCUGUACAUCUAGCCCAGUGCCUGCCGCGGGGUGGACACCAGCACCGGGACUGCCCUGGCCCGCGCCUCGCCGGGACACUGCUCCCGAGGGCGUGCCCUCGUCCCCACUUUUUUCUUGCCAAAAAGGGGUCCUUGUGAGCCUGUGGACCCUCACCCGGCCACGUUCGGACUGCUGUCCUCGCGCCUGACGAGGGCCCGGCCCUCAGUGUGGGCGCAGCAUGCUGUCCCAAAGCCGUGGAGAGGGGACACGUAUCUCGGGCAGCCCUCUGGGCCGGGAUAUCCGGGGUGCCUGGGGGCUGUCACUGUGGGACCUCAGGACCGCAGCGAAGCCAGGGGUCGGGAGGCGAGACUCGGUCUUCCCUGGAGGAAAGGUGGUGGCCAUGGCGUGGGCCCUUGGCACUACUGUCUGCCCGUUCUGACUGUGGAUGUCCCUGGGUGUCCCUCUCUCUCCCUGGGCCACGGGCACGCGCCCAUACCCGCUCCCUCACACGGAGAAUGGAUGCAGGCCCUCGGUGUGUGUGGCGCUGUGGCCGGGCAGUACUAGGAUGUGAAGGUGGCGCCAGGCAUGGAUCCCUGUGCGUGCCCUUCUGUCUGGAAGUCCCCGUGGCCCAGGCCCAGGGUAAAACGCGGACACUCAGGCAGCGUGCCCCACAGUCCCCGCCCAGGGCUCGGGCGCCGAGGGUGACCGUGUGUUGCAUGCUGCCGGCCACAGGACUUCGGUCCCGUCGCUAAUAAACCUGCCUCCUGAUGAA